AUGAAACGUACUUUGCAAUGCAAAGAUUUUCACGCAUAUUUGGUAAACAAACAUGUAAUAUAAUUGGUAUGGUGCACGUGGGAGCUUUGCCAGGAACACCACUUUAUAAGAGCAACUGGCCAGAAAUCAUAGAGAAAGCCAAAUAUGAAGCCGAAGUCUAUAAAAAACACAAAUUGGAUUCCGUAUUAAUCGAAAAUAUGCACGAUGUCCCUUAUAUACAAGACCACGAUAUUGGCCCAGAAAUUGUUGCUUGUAUGGGUAAAAUAGCUCAAGAGAUAAAAAAUAUAACGCCCCCUUCUAUGCCGGUUGGCAUACAGAUCUUGGCAAGUGCUAAUGAGCAAGCCAUGGCAGUUGCUAAAGCCUGCAAUCUGCAGUAUAUAAGGUGUGAAGGAUUUGUUUUCGGCCAUAUAGCGGACGAAGGCUACACAAAUGCCUGCGCUGGCCGAUUAUUGCGUUAUAGACAAAGAAUUGACGCUUCACAAAUUUUGAUAUUUACCGAUUUAAAGAAAAAGCAUAGUUCACAUGCCGUUACGGAUGAUCUCUCCUUACUAGAGACAGCUAAAGCUGCCCAGUUUUUUCUUUCAGAUGGCGUUAUUGUUACAGGUACUUCUACUGGCCAAACUGCUAAGCUGGAAGAUGUGCUUUCACUAAAAGAUCAAAUAACUAUUCCUUUAAUCGUUGGUUCCGGAGUUAAUAGAAAUAAUCUAAAGGAUUAUUUUUAUAACACACAAGCGGUUAUCGUUGGUUCACAUUUUAAACAAGAAGGCCACUGGGCAAACGAUUUGUGCGAAAAAGCUGUAGAAACAUUUAUGCAUGCUGUUUAUGAAUUAACUUGUAAAAACUGUUUAAAAAAGUGA